AUGAAUAAUAUACAGUUAAGAAGUAUACCGCUUCAUAAUAAUGGAAUAAACAAUAUUCAUCCAAAUCAGAUGAGAAACACAUCAUCUGUUUCAACAGUUCCAACACAACAAUUUCAUUACAUGAAUAAUCAGAUGAAUGAUUAUAUAAUAGAACCAAAUACCAAUCAAAAUCUUGGAAUGAUUAAUAUUGGAGAGAAUCAACAAAUAACACCCCGAUACAUUGUUUCAAAUCAUCAUCAUUCUUCAACAUCAAUAGUAGAAAAUCAAAUAUUUAAUACUACUAAUCAGGGAACUGUUGUAUAUCCAACUGGAAAUAUGACUAAUAUUAACAGUACUAUUACAAAUAAUAGAAACAAUAAUAAUCUAGGAAACGGGUAUAUAAUGAAUUUUAUUGGAAAUCAACGUACCGACAAUUGUGAUUCAUCAUUUAUAUCAAUUAAUCAAUAUCCAACACAAUGUAUGCAAAUGAAUCCUAAUAACAAUGAACUUGUUGUUACACAUUACCCUAAUAGCAUGAAUUCCUCACCAGAUCAUCAACAAAUUAUUAGCCCAGAUAUGAGACAGUCUCAAAAUAAUCAUAUUAUAAAAUUAGAACUUGAUAAUAAUUCUGGAUAUUCUUUAAAGAUGAAUAAUAUUAUUGAAAGUGAUCGUGAUCAUUCUUCAGAUGAAAGUUAUGUUAGUGAACAACAACCAAAUAGUGUUAUUAGAAAAUUAGUAAAUGUUAAAGAAGAAUACUGUGAAAAUAAUAAUUCAAUUUUUCCUCAAAAUAUUUCACAUUUACAACAUCAAUCUCAUCAAAUUCCGCAAAAUAAUAAUAUUGUCGGAAUUCAAAGUAUGAGCUCAGUCACUCCAUCAGUAUCACCAAAUCCUUUAGAAGUUUUUUGUUCUGUUCCAGGAAGAUUAUCUUUAUUAAGUAGUGCAGCAAAAUAUAAAGUUACAGUUGGUGAAAUUCAAAGAAGAUUAUCUCAUCCUGAGUGUCUUAAUGCAUCAGUUUUAGGAGGAAUUUUAAGAAGAGCAAAAUCUAAAGAUGGUGGUAAAUCAUUAAGAGAUCAAUUAAAAAAAGUUGGUCUUUCGUUACCAGCUGGUAGGAGAAAAGCUACUAAUGUUAAUUCAUUAACGGCUCUAGUUGAAUUUGAAGCUCUUCAUUUGGCAAAAGAUUUUAAUCAUAUUUGUGAAAAUGAUUUUCCAGCAAAACAAAUUGCAGAAUAUAUGAUUAAUAGUAAUUUAAAUAAUAAUGAUAUUCAAGGAAUACAAAGAAAAAAAAAUAUGAUGAUGGCUGCAAAAACUGUACUUUCAGAAUUUAAAGAACUUCUUAAUAAUGAUAGAAGUCCCUUAUGUACCUCAACACCUAUUCCUAUUUUAGAUCCAAGUAUUCAAAAACAUCUUACACAUUUUAGUAUGGUAACACACGGAUUUGGAUCUCCUGCAGUUCUUGCUUCAUUAACAGCAAUAAUGAAUUGGAUAAAUGAGAGUAUGAAAGUUCUUGAAAUGAAAAGUUAA